UUAACUCAGUGAACAUCUUAAAGGCAAACAGCAUGGUCUUCUGGGUUAUAGAUGUCUGCGAUUAACUGAUGUAUUUUCUCCUACGGAAACUUUCACAAAAUUCAACAGAUCAGGACAAGAGAAGCAUCACAGUUCCGGGUCAGUCUCCAUGAUGAAGCUCCUGUCACAUAACAGUAGCACAUUCCUACCCACCAGCGAGACCAUUCUCAACAACACCACAGAAUGGAUCCUGGUCCACACCAUUGUCCCUCCCUAUAUCUUCACCCUCUGCGUGACAGGGCUGCUGGGUAAUGGUUUCGUGCUGCUGGUCUUUCUUCUUCAGAGAGGCCCAUGCACAGUCCCAGAGAUCUACCUGGGAAACCUGGCCCUGGCUGACCUGCUCCUCCUGGCCUGCUUGCCCUUUUGGGCCAUGAACAUCCUCAAUGACUUCAACUGGCCUUACGGAGACUUCCUGUGUCAUAUAGUCAGCCAGUCUAUUCUCGUCAACACCUACACCAGCAUUUACCUGUUGACCAUGGUGAGUGUGGAUCGCUACUUAGCGCUAGCGAGGACCAUUAGGGCCAGAUGGCUACGGAGGAAGUGUUACGCGUGGGUGGUCUGCCUUGGCCUGUGGCUAUUUGGACUGUUGUUGGGUGUGUUGGCAACAGUCCAUAGAAAGGUCAUAUUUGUUGACAGACUUCAGACAAUGGCGUGUGUUCUGGAGUAUCCUGACCACUCUACGAAAUCUUGGAAGCUGGCCAACAAUCUCCUGAUGAACAUAGUGGGCUUUGUUCUUCCUGUUAUUGUGAUUAUUUCCUGCAGUGGGAAUAUCAUCAAAGCCCUAUGGAGGAGGAGGGAGCAUGUUUACAUUGAGUAUGGAAAUGACAGGAAAGCUAACAUACUUAUUUAUUCUGUGACACUUCUGUUUCUUGUGUGUUGGAGUCCAUUUCAACUCUUCACCCUCAUCGAUACGCUGUGUGAUGCAGAGCUACUGGAUGAGACUUGGCAUCAAACCCUGGACAUUGGAACCCAGUUUUCAACCUACUUGGCGUUUCUGAACAGUUGCCUUAACCCUGUGCUGUAUGUCUUCUCCGGUCAGUACUUCAGGAAGAAAGUUAGCACCAUCUACAGGAGAACAAUGAGUCGCAGGAGCUCUUAUUCAACUGCAUAUCAGCUUUCAGUUGUAUCCACCUAUCUCCACAGGACUGAUCAAAUCAAACCUGUUGUAAUAUAAACAUGGUCUAUGGCAUUUAUUUGCUUUUUAUAUUGCUUUUUUCAUAUUGCAUGUUGUUUGUUGAAAAAUUCUUAUGUGCAAUAGAACCACAUUGUGUAUUGAUAUCAGGUUUAGAUUUUUAGCACAUUAUGCAUGCGGUGUGACAGUGCAGAUGUUUUAUGAUGCGUAUUCUGUGUACUCCCAUUGUCGAUUGGAUGUCACAUAGUCACUAUUAAUGCAAAAUGUAACUGUUCAAGAUUUUGGCACAAUAUAAAAAAGUAUUUAUUAGGAUAGUUAUUACCAUCUGUAGAUGCGCUACAGAUAUUCGUAACAAUCAACAAACUAUCAAACACCAAGUAAAUGCUUGCUAAGGUUAACAUUAUGGUUAGGUUUUGGAAUGUUAGUGUAAGGUGACAGAAAGGGUUGUAGUUAGAAAUAGGAGGUUUAAGGUGAAGGAUAGGGUUAGUAGACAGUUCAUUAAAAUGUCAUUGACAGUCGGUAGAUAGUUUGUAAAGCAUCUACAGAUUGACUAUCCAAAUAAAGUUUCACUGAUGUCUCUAGAUAUUAUCGAUUCAAAAAGCAUUAAGUGAGUAGAUAUGAAAUUAGUGUUUCACCAUUCCAGAUACAAAAGCUUGCAUUUCUCUUGAUAAAUGGUCACUUUUAAAUGUCACCUCUAAAUGAAGCCCUAACCAUUGUAUGUAUAUAUCUAUACCAAUACCCACAUUUGCUGUGCCUCAGCUGUCCCUGUACCAUUCAUAUUUUCAAUCAAGAUAUUUAAUGAACCAUGACCAAAUCUACAGUGUGACAUUGCAGAGAAUACUGUUUCUCAAAACACCGAUUGAAAGUGUUUUUGUAGUCAUUUCAUAAUAAUAUUACAGUAUCAGUGUGUGCGGAGAAGUCUGCCUAGCUCAACUCUUCAACUCUCCUUCUCUUAAUUUGUUUCCUGGUUCUGGUGGCCGAUCUUUGCAUGCAUCGAAGAUUAACUUGAGUUGAUGACCACCAACAUUCGGUAAUAAUUUGUGAGUAGG